GCCGGCGGCCAUCUUGGGUUCGGGCUUGAGGGCUUUUGGCAGGGCGGGGGCGGCGGCCAUCUUGGGUCCGGGUUUGAAGUCAGCGGGCUCCCGGCGGCGCCCGGGGACCGGAGCGGGUGUUUUUUCCCCUAGGGAGCCAUGUUGGGUUCGGGCAGCCUUGAGCCCUCCCCGCUGGGGCCAUCUUGGGGCCGGGCAGAGGCGCGGCGCCGGGUCUAUGGAGUGAUUGGGUGGAGGAAGGCGGUGUAGCCAGUCUCCUGUGAAAUGUUGAAAGGCAAACCUUCUGAAGAAGUCAAGAUGAAAUACCUCUGCUUUUGUCCAAGCAGGGAGGAAUGGGAAGCAGUAUGUGUGAUACUAGCAGGACUUGCCACCACCAACAGGAUGUUAUUGGAAAAACAAAGCAAACAGAAGUGGGUGGUGUUUAAUAACUUUCCUAGAGGUGGCAGUACUUGAACAGAAGCCAGGAAUCCAGUUCCCCAUGCUGCCUUAUCAUCACCUGAUAAUUAAAAAGGUAUCAUCUCAGUCCAGCUCUGGGGGCUAGAGUUACAGAAAGACUAGAAUAAUGACAAAGUGCUACAAAUAUCCAGAGCGCUGUUACACAGAUAUGAAGAUCCAGGAUGGCUGCUUCUUUUACCUUCACAUUUUCAGAAGCUAGCGUUCCCUGUGCUGCUGCUGUUGAGAAGACUUGCCGUCCCCGGCAGCCCCGCGUGCGGCGCACCUCUUCACUAGACACCAUUGUGGGCUCGUACCUGUUGGGACAGUGGCCAAGGGAUGCUGAAGGAGCUUCCACUUCGUGCAUGAAUGACAAAGCUACCCAGCCGUGUUUCUCAUCACUUCAGACUCCAGUGUCCUGGCAUGACGCAGAAGUGGGGAAAGCCAGCUCCAGUGCUCACAAGCGUUCUGCUUCUUGGGGUAGCACAGAUCACCGCAGAGAGAUUGCCAAACUGAAGCAGCAGCUCCAGCGAACAAAGCUAAAUGGCAGAAGUGGCAAAGAAAAGGAGAAGAGCUCCCCGCUCCAGGGGGACCAUGCUGUCCUUGGAUCGCUCAGGGACUCUCCUUCAGGCUUCCUUUCUCCAUCUCCCAUUUUGAGGCUCAGCCCCUGCUUGCAUAGGAGCCUGGAGGGGCUAAACCAGGAACUGGAGGAAGCGUUUGUGAAGGAACAGGGAGAUGAAGAGCUUUUGCGGAUACUGGAUGUCCCAGACGGCCACAGGGCGCCAGCGCCUGCCCAGAGAGGCUCUGGAGAUGCGUCCCUGACUCUGGAGCCCAGCAGUGGCAGCUGCAGCAGCCUCUCUCUUUCUCCUUCCCCUUCCGUGCCUCUCCGUCUUUCUCCACACACCCCGGUGAGGCUGGCAGCAGAAGAGCCCUCCUCUGCGGCGGACGAGGUGCAGCCAGAUCCAAAGGAGAAAGACGAGGGCAGCCCUUCACCAGUCCUGGCCUUUGCUUCUUCUCCUCGACCCAACCACAGCUACAUGUUUAAACGGGAACCUCCCGAGGGAUGCGAGAAGGUCCGGGCCUUUGAAGAAGCUUCCUCUCCCAGCCCUGAUCAGCCUUUUCAGCCUUCCUGCCCAGAUAAGAACAAAGUGCACUUCAACCCCACCGGUUCUGCCUUCUGCCCCGUCAGCCUGGUGAAGCCUCUCUUCCCAAACGUGGGCCUCCUCUUCAGGGGCUUUCCAGCUUCUUCCAGCCCUGGCACGGGCACAUUUACAUCCUGCCAGCCCACAGCCCCCAGCCCCUUCCUCGGGGUGCGGAAGGACGCUGCAGUAGAUAGCUUCAGCGAGGUGUCCAAGUCUCCUUCACUGAAUUACGAACACUGGAAGCGCGGCCAGCCAGAGGAGAACGUCGUCUUCCACAGCUCUCUCGUGGUGUGAAGCCUUUGGGAAAGCUUAGCCAGCAACAGCAGCUCUGGCUCCUCAGUGUGUCUCUGCCAGCCUGUGGAGACGUGUGCCUUGAAGGUGGGAUGUGACGGCUAAGAGGCAGCCCUGGGAUUGAGAAUGACAACAGGCUUCCUCCCGAGGAUGAUAGAAACUGUGAAGUUCAGUGUGCCACGGGACUCCGCACUGCUGGAGAGGCUUGUUUCUCUGAGCCUCCCCUGUUCAAAGCACUUUCCUGUGUUCUAAUUGUCUUUUGUUUCCUGUGUGAUUGUUUUGCUGGUGAAGAGCAGCCGGGCAGUGCUGCGGGGAGCCGAGGCAAACUCAGGCUCUGUGGCUCUGUGAGCGAGGUUGAGCUGGGAGAAUUCAGGUUAGGGAUUCCUCGGCAUCCCCUCAGCCCUGCGGCUGUCUGGGACUGCUGAACCGCGGGGAGUGGGAUGGGGGAAGAGGGGUCUGUAGGACAGCUGCCCUGGGAUGUAUUGGAGCAGAAAAUGUUGUGUACCUGCACUGUGAAGACAGCUCAUCUCCCUCAGAGCGGGCUGGAGAGCAGUGGAUCCCUGACCAUGCCUCCCCUGGACACCUCUACCCCCGCCUCGGAACACGGCUGGAGCUUUAAGGAUGCUGUGCAAAUGGGGAGAGCGCAGGUGACUGACGGCAGGCUUCCACGGAUCUGUGCUCUGGAAAGCUCGCGUGACCGAGGGUGAAGGAGGCACCUGAGAUGCGAGCUGCCUGUCUGGUUUCCCUGCGUGUGGGCAGAAGUCUCUCAGGUGCCUUGGCCGUGCCGUGGGAAGCAGGGAGGGAAGUGAAAACUGGCAUUGACACAAAGGUCCCUGCUGUGUGUGGGGGGGGUGUUGUUGCUGCUGUAGAGAAACUACCUGCUGCUUUCCAGCCACGAGCCUGGGCAGCCUGGCUGGGGCUGGCUCCCUGGGGUGGAUUUUCGCCCCCCCCCCCGCCUCACUGAGGGGCUAGAAUUUGUGUAGGGAGCUGCAGCUGGGCAGGAGUCUGAAGCACGGCCGCCUCCAGCAGCGCUGUCCCGACGUGAUGCCUUAGAAAGUGAAGCGAUAACACGGGAACGUUGAUUGUAAAGCCUCCUGACAACAAAAGUAUUUGAUUUUGUGUUUGUUGCAAAGGCUGGGGGUUGUACUAAAGAAGCCUAUUUUCUUGUAUCUGAUGUAGAAACUCUAUUUUCUUCCAAAGACACUAUUUUUGCAGCUGUUUUGAAGUUUGUAUUUUAUGUACGUAGUGCGAAGCUUAAAGGAGGAAUGUUAGCUUUGGAGUUCUUGUCUUGCGUUUAGAGGGGUUGUUUGCAGAUGCUGGUAUUGCCAGUUAAAAGGAAACAAAAUAAAUAUUUCGGGCAUCCGCA